CAGUCUGUCAUUGGUAAAAUAGUCAUGAUGAUUGAUGGUGGUCUAGAACUUCCAUCGAUUACUUUUUUAAUAACCUGCCCUUUACUGCAGACUGCUGCAGUAUAUAUCUUUUUUUAAAUCCAAAAUAUGACGUCAUCCUAAUGUCCCUUAAAGAUAUACAGCUGAGAUACAGACGUAAACAAAUUACAUGACGGUGGCUCCGGGAAUGGGGUGUAAAUGUAAUAUUCCGUGGUUCAUAAUUUGAGCCAAGACUACAGCAAUUCAUUACUGUUUCAUAUUAUUUUGACUUCAGAGACGGCUAAAAUAAAGCCACAGGUAUAACAAAGAGGUAUACAUAUUUGAUAAAGCUUGUUAACUAUUGGCAACGAACGACGUAUUGCAUAGCAAACAGGAGGAAUACAAAAAAACGAUCCAAUCAAUUUGCCCGGUGAAUCCAGGUGCUAAAUCCUUCUGCUUCUCUCUGGAGUGUAUUUUUUUUCCAGUGUCCCCCCACGCCGCCAUUAAAGACCGACAGAACGGUGGUUGAAAUUUGGGAUUAAAAUGAUUUAAAGCCCUGGAGAGACUGCAUCGGGGGUGUUGUUCUAUUGCAUAGGUAUCGGAGCUACGUACAAACGGAAACUUAAAUAUGUGUCUUUUGACCAACUGAAAGCUUGACUUCGGGACAUCCAGAUUGGGUUUCGUUGGGAAAGCGCGAGCGAUAUAACGUUCAUGUUGGACUGAAGCUCAAGAGCGGUUUGUUGUGGUUGCGCGUUGAAGGAGUGUAAACACAGGAAAAGCAACCUGCUUGCCUGUGCCUCCUUGAGUGGAGCUGCCAACCAGAGUCCCUCCCAGCAGCAGCCAUCACCCAGCGGUGGAGUGACGAUGACUGAGCUGGGUGCCAAGUGGGCCUGUGAGUACUGCACGUUUGAGAACUGGCCUUCUGCCAUCAAGUGCACCAUGUGCCGCGCCCAGAGGCCCAGCGUUGGUGCCAUCAUCACCGAGGAGCCCUUUCGGAGCACCCCUGGCCUGGACUCCAGCCACCAGUGGGAACGUCUGAGUCACAGCAACAACCCACCCCAGGGAGGCUCCAGUCUCCUAAUCUGCCCAGACUCCAGUGCCCGCCCCCGUGUCCGCAUCACAGACUCCCCCGAGCCCCCCUCCAGCAAAUGGUCCUGCCACAUGUGCACCUACUUAAACUGGCCCUGUGCCAUUCGCUGCACUCAGUGUCUGUGCCAGCGGCAUCAGGGACAUCAGCGCCACCAGGGGCUGGCGCAGCAGCCACGCAUUUCCACCGAGUCACCCCAGACCUCAGGCUCAGGAUGCCGACCCACACCCCCAUGCACCCCUACGGACCCCUGUGAGGAGUAUAACGACCGCAACCGCCUCAACACCCACGCCCAGCACUGGACCUGUGCCGCCUGCACUUAUGCAAACUGGACUAAAGCGUGCAAAUGUGUGGUGUGUGACCACUCCAGGCACAAGAGCUUGGCAAAACCCAUCGAACUGGCCUUGAAGCCCGAGAACCUACCACCCUCCAUACUCAACGAGCAGGACAGUGACAACAGGAGGGGGGGGGUGGGAAGGGGCGGAAGUGGAGUAGUGGGGUGCUGCGGCAGCCAGAGGAGGUCCCCGCCCACCUCCAAACGGGAGGUUGAGGCUAAAAUGGACUUUCAGAGGAAUGAGCUGGCAUUGGGAGCCGGAAUUGGGAGCAUAGAGGAGCGGCAGGUGGACUUUAAGAGGCUUAAACAGAUGAAGAACAGGAUGAGGAGGACUGACUGUUUGUUUCUCAAUGCGUGUGCAGGUGUGGUAGAGGGGGACCUGGCUGCAGUAGAGGCCUAUAAAUCGUCAGGGGGGGACAUCGCCAGGCAGCUGACGUCCGACGAGGUGCGCCUUCUCAACCGGCCCUCGGCCUUUGACGACAGCUUCACCCUGGUCCACCUGGCCAUCCGCUUCCAGAGGAAGGACAUGCUGGCCGUGCUCCUCACUGAGGUGUCCCAGCAGGCAGCUAAGUGUAUCCCAGCCAUGGUGUGCCCUGAGCUGACAGAGCAGAUCCGUCGUGAGGUGGCUGCCUCCCUGCACCAGCGCAAGGGAGAAUUCACCUGCUACUUUCUCACUGACCCGGUCACCUUCACCCUGCCAGCAGAUAUCGAGGACUUGCCCCCAACAGUUCAGGAAAAACUGUUUGACGAGGUGCUGGACCGAGAUGUACAGAAAGAGCUGGAGGAGGAAUCUCCUAUCAUCAACUGGUCUAUAGAGCUUGGCACGCAGUUGGACAGCAGGCUGUAUGCCCUGUGGAACCGCACAGCUGGGGACUGCCUGUUAGACUCAGUAUUGCAGGCCACCUGGGGCAUCUAUGACAAGGACUCUGUCCUCCGCAAGACCCUUCACGACACUCUGCACGACUGCUCCCACUGGUUCUACACACGCUGGAAGGAGUGGGAGUCGUGGUAUUCCCAAAGCUUCGGCUUGCACUUCUCACUCAGAGAGGAACAGUGGCAGGAAGACUGGGCUUUCAUCCUCUCACUGGCCAGCCAGCCUGGAGCCAGCCUGGAGCAGACUCAUAUUUUUGUUCUUGCACACAUUCUUCGUAGACCAAUCAUCGUCUAUGGAGUGAAGUACUACAAAAGUUUCCGUGGUGAAACACUUGGGUACACCCGUUUUCAAGGUGUGUACUUGCCCCUGCUGUGGGAGCAGAGUUUCUGUUGGAAGAGUCCCAUUGCUCUGGGCUACACGCGCGGCCACUUCUCUGCACUGGUGGCCAUGGAGAAUGACGGCUUCAACAAUCGGGGCGCAGGCGCCAACCUCAACACAGACGAUGAUGUCACCAUCACCUUCCUACCGCUGGUGGACAGUGAGAGAAAGUUGCUCCACAUCCACUUCCUCUCAGCACAGGAGAUGGGGAACGAGGAGCAGCAGGAGAAGCUGUUGAGGGAGUGGUUGGACUGCUGCGUGACAGAGGGUGGAGUGCUGGUGGCCAUGCAGAAGAGCUCCCGCCGGCGGAACCACCCCCUGGUAACACAGAUGGUAGAGAAGUGGCUGGACGGCUACCGACAGAUCCGCCCCUGUGCUUCGCUCUCCGACGGUGAGGAAGAGGAGGAUGAUGAGUGACAACUGGAGUAGGCAGGAGUCCACCCUCUUUUUUUUGUUUUUCCUCUUUUACUUACAUGGACAAACUGUGAAAGGGCAGGGAAUCACCUUACCAUGGCAGAGGACACACAUAAGAAAAACUCCGUUGCUGCAAAAAAACUUGGGGAUGACAGAAAUAAUGGAUUGUAGAUUUCAAAUGCUAAUGAUCUUCUCAAAUGUAAAUGCAUGUGGUUGUUUAAAAAAGUAUAAGGAAAUAUACCAGUAUUGGUUUAUGAUGGCCAUCGAUGAAAGUACACUUCCUAAAUGACUGUCCUUUUUAGUAGUUUUUCCAGUUGAAAUAGUUCUUGUUUUUUGACGGGCAUGGUCUAGGCCAACAUAUCUUUGUCAGGGCAUCCAACAGAAAACUGCUGCAAUUGUGUACUAUGAAUUUAAUUCUUAAAGGGAUACUUCAGGAUUUUCUCACCAAAGCCCUUUAUCUACUUCCCCAGAGUCAGAUGAACCCAUGGAAGAUACCAUUUGUCUCUGUAUCCAGUAUGAAGGAAGUUAGAGGUAGUUUCGCAAGCCAAUCCUAACUAGCAUUAGCGCAGUGAAUGGUAUCUACUAGCAGUUAUCAUAGGCUUUGUCAUUGUGCUAAUGCUCGUUAGCAACUUCAUUCAAAUGCAGGGGCAAAUGGUAUCCACAGGUUCAUCUGGGGAAGUAGAUAAAGGGUUUCAUUGACAAAAUCCCCAUAGUAACCCUUUUAAAACUAAGCACUACACAUUUGACUAACUGCUUGAAAUAAGGUCAUUUUCAAAGCUACAUAAAUUAAGUUCCCUUCUCACCUCAACUAGUGUCACUAAGGUCUUGGAUCAUACACAUUGGUGUUUAGUUUACCCUUUUCCCCAGAAUGGCUAAAAUUAAGUAUUUUCUUGAUCUCAACUAAUUCUCCUUAUGUUUGGGAGCUUUUGAGCUGAGAUUGUCAUUUCUUUCAAUCUUGAUGUUUUGUGGCAGACCUUUUUGCUGUGAGGAAAAUAACCAUCUGUGGAAGUUUACUUCAGCACCUCAUGUUUGGUGCUUUGGAGGAGUGUGAGUAAGUCACAUUCAACGUCUACAUUAAAACAAUUCUCAUGUUUCUUUUUCUCUGUCCUGCUAUUCUUCCCUGUCAAGUUUAACCCAUGGUACCUGUGUUUUUCCUAUAAUGUAUGCUUCUUGUCUAUGUGAACCCAUCUUGAAUUAAGGUAUUUGUGAGACUGCACAUGAACCAAAGUUAAAAUAUCAUGGUCAUA